GUUCCAUAAAUACAUCCCCACGGUGCACGAGUCUGCUGACCACGUCACCUCGAGAUGUGCUUCCUUCGCCCUUUUUUAUAUGUGAGAAGACGGAAUGAUUUGUGACGGAAUUCUUCCCCGAACGCUGAUGUUUCUGAUCAUGAUCGCCUAGCACAUAUGAUGCAUUCCCAGAAGAACUGGAUCCUGUCGAGUGACAAUCAACCAUGCCGUAGGCACAUUGCGACCCAUAUAGUUGCGCUGCGCGGAGGCCGCUAGCGUGCUGUCCACAAGUCGAUUUGCAUGAUAUCUCCUGCCAUCCUCGGGGCCGCGAAGGACAUGGCCGCUCACACAUGUGCUCAUGGUCAACACCCUCCGAACAGCAAUCGGCAUCGUCUUCAAGACAUCAAUCGACUUUUUCUGUGUCAACCCAGAAUCGUACGCCAAGUCGGGCGAGGACGUUGGUCUCGUGUGGCUCGACCCUAUCUCGGAAUUCCUGAUUGUCGGUGAGAUCAAGCAGGCCGCGGCUGUGAACGCCGUCGUUCCAGUCAGACUGGCCGGCUACUGGUAUGGCCAGAGAGGCACGGAUGGGAUGGUCGGUCAGUCGGCGGGGCCGGAUGAAAAGGUCAUUUAUGAGCUGCACGGUGGAGGGUGGGUCUGGGACAGCGCUUGUAUGUGCGAGGAGAUGCUGAGGUACACGAAAGAUCAGGGUUGCACCCGCGCAUUCCAGAUCGAGUACCGACUGUCACAAGGCUCACUGUUCCCUCCGAAGGGGGCGUUCCCGGCUGCGCUAAUUGAUGCGAUAGCGGGAUACAAUUAUCUCGUGAACGACCUCGGCUUCAAGCCGUCCAACAUCCUCAUCACCGGAGAGUCAGCUGGCGGCAAUCUCGCCUUCGCGCUCGUGCGUUACCUCGUGAACGCAUCCAUCCGGUCACCUCCCCCUCCUCGAGCCCAGUUCCUCCUGUCACCUACUGCCGACUGGGGUCGGACCCAUAUAGGGCCCGACUCGACAAUGCAGUGCAACUCAGAUUCAGACAUUGUCACCUGGUUCCUCGGUGGCUAUGGUACCCGAGCGUUGCUCGGCAAUCUUCCCGAGUCAGACGCUUGCGACAACUCAUGGAUCUCGCCAGGCUCCGCAAAGCUGCCUCACGUCGAGGGAUGUUUUUCGGGAAUGCCACCGACGCUCAUUAUGGGAGGUGAUGCCGAGAUGACGUUAGACUCUAUGAAGGCUCUGCGGGACCGUCUCGUGGCGGAUAAUGGAGAGAAAAAAGUGACGUAUGUCGAAGUGGCAGACACGACGCAUAUCGUGAUGUGCAUGAAGUGGCAUGAGCCUCAGAAGACGGUAGCUUAUGAAGAGUUUGCCACCUGGGUGAAGUCUAUCCACCAGUAAAUAUAGUCAUUGUUUCUGCCACGCGCUGCAUUCG